UCGAUGUCGUCUCUGAAGCCCUCGUCGUCGUCCAGGAUGUGCUUGACGUCGUCCGAGGGAGUCGUCGCUCGCCGUAAAUGCCGCCUCCGACCGGAUAUGGAGUGCAGCGGGCGCACUUGAACAAGGUUCACUCCGUAUCGGCCGUGCUGAUGAGCGGACGCUUCCUCUGUCUUGCCGAGCACCCCAAAUCGCGCGGGCGACUCCACCGCCGGUUGCCACCACGCAAAGCCAGCACGCCGGCCAGUACUUAUAUGCCCCAGCUGCGCUACUCAACAUACCUGGCCUGGCAGCUCUGCCCUAAUCGCGCACCAUGACUGCUCCUUUCGUCUUCUCAAACCUUCCCGUCGAGCUCGUCCGCGACAUCCUCGAGCACGCCGCCCACUCCGACCGCGCCACCGCCCGCAGCCUCACCCUCGUCUCGUCCGCCGUCAAGCAGUGGACGGACCCCAUCCUCUACGACACCGUCGUGCUCUCCACCGCGCGCUCCCUGCGUUCGUUCAUCGCCGCAAUAGCAAACAAGCCAUCCGAGUUCGUGCGCACGCGCGUGCGCAACCUCGGCAUAUUCACCCUCGGGCCCGUGCAGAGCAUUGACCGCGUCCUCGCCGCGUGCGCAGGCGUGCAGAGCCUCGCGUGCGGGUUCUCGCUCCCGUCGUACCUGCAGACGCAGGGCACGGACGCCGUGCAGGCCCUCCGGCGGCCGCGCGAGCAGCACCUCCUCGGCGCAGCGUGCCGCGACGGGUGGGACGCGGGGCUCGUUGGGCCCACCGUCACGCACCUCCGUAUCCACCUCGCGUCGUUCGACAGCAGCCGCCCCGAGUCGCCCUUCGCGUUCGCGAACACCCCACACCAAGAGGCAGGCUGGGACCGUUUGAAGGCGCUCCCGGCGCUCUCGCACCUCGCCAUUGUGUACCGGCCGUCGGGGUCGACGCCCCCGACGGCGAUCAUCCCGCACCUGACGCGCCUGCUCCCGCCGCCGGCGCACGGGAGCGAGGACGUGUGCCUGCCGGCGCUGCAGCUCGUGCUCAUCCAGGUCGUUGGGGCGAAGAAGGACGCGGCGUUCGCGGCGGAGACGGUCAAGGCGCUGAACCGCACGGCGGAGGCCGCGGGGGGCCCGGCGCUGCGCAUCGUUGCUGAGCUUGCGCCCUCGUCGGCCGCGCGCCAGUGGGAGGAGUCGGUGCGGGGUGGGCGGGGCGUGUGGGAGGACGCGGAGGACGCUGUGCGGACGAGGCUUGCUGCUGCGAAGUGAUGCGGGAAUUGUGCUUUGAACCACCUGUAUCAUACCAUGUCUCUUCACAUUCUGUAUCCAUAGGAACAACCAG